AUGUGGAAGCACUAUUCGUCUGACGCCAGCGAGAGCGCCGUGGGGCAGCUCUCCCUCUCCCUCUCCCUCUCCCUCUCUCCCUCGCGCGCGCGUGCGCGCAAUCACGUGCGCGUUGUGCUACUCUUCUCGCUAUGGCUGACUUUUUGUGCUCUGCCUGCUUCACUCUGGCGUGCCGAAGGAGUGGCCCACAACAAGCUCCUGGCCAAGCUGUGCAGUAACAUGCACAAGCCAAACGCCCAGACCGUGCUACCUCUGGACAAGGUGGAGGCCGUGUUUCACACGCUGCCUGUGGGGAGGGUCAGGGGCUGGGGCGGAAAGUUCGGGGUGAAGAUGAUGGAGAAACUCGGGGUUUCGACUGCGGGAGAAGUGGCCGCCGUCGGCGCUGCCGAGCUCCAGCGAGUCCUGGGAGACGAGGAGGGCUGGAGGGCGUGGGAGAAGUCGAACGCCAUCUGCAGGGACCCCGUGAAGGCGCGGUCGGCCCCCAAGAGCGUCGGCUGCUCCAAGACCUUUCCUGGGAAGGCCAAGCUGACAUCUUUCUCCGAGAUCGAGCGGUGGCUGUCGGAGCUAUCAAAGGAGCUGAUCUCGCGACUCGUCGAGCAGCAGGAGGGCGAGGGGCAGACGCCCAGUAAGCUUACCGUCAGCUUUGCUGCGCUUCAGCAGAAGGGACGCUCAAAAGGAGUGUCGCGCUGCUGCCGCAUGGUGAAGCCGGAGCUUCGGCCUGUCGUUGAGGCUUGCAUGAAGAUGGUCAGAGCCUACUCAGCCCCGAGACUCACGAUGCUUGGCGUUUCCGCCCACGGCUUCGCGGACUCCCGCAAGGACACCCGGAGUAUCCAGUCCUUCUUCGGCGCCGCCCCAGCCGCCGUGGCUCUCGAGUCCAGCUCCUCAGAAGAAGUUCCACGUCGGGGGGGCAUCGCCAAUCCAUCCUCAUCGGCUUGGUACCGUCGUGCUACGGAUGAAGGCAGGGGCCGGCGACGCGGGGUCGACGAGGCAGCACGAGCCCGCCCGACGGGCAACGCGUUGGGGUUUCCUAAAAGGACGGCGGCAGCAAUGGAGGAGGCUCGGGCGGCGGGGGGUUAUAAACGGCCACGACCGCCGGAGGAUGAGGCCGCCGAGGCGGGGCGAGACGGUACUUUGCGUGCCGGGCGGAAUGUAGAUAGUGGUCGUGAAAGUGACCGCGCCGCGACAGAUGAUGGAAGGUCCAGCGUAGACUUCUGGGCAAUGUCCGCGGCGGAGGACGAAAGGCGAAGAGAGGAGGGGGAAGGAGACGAGGGAUAUGCGCCGGCACCGCGCGACGGGCAGUACCGACGAGAUCGAGGCCGGGAGAGGGAGGACGACGAGGGGCAGCGGAAGGAGGGCGACGACGACGCUGUCCCGCUGCACGUCGUCACACCUCGGGAGAUCAACACCUCGCAGAUCUGCCAGGGGCAAGGAAAGCGUUACCGUGAAGAGGAAGCAGCAGCAGCAGCAGCAGCAGCAGCAGCAGCAGAGCCCCGCUCCGUCGAUGCCAGGAUGGUGGGAAGAGAAGGGGACCAGGCGGGGGUCCAAGAAGGCCGGCAUGACACGGUCGGCGGGCGAGCGGGGCUCGAGGAACGGUUGGGGUCGUCCGCCGCCACCGCCUCCGCCGCCGCCGCCGCCGAUGCCGAUGCCGCGGACGGGAUCGGCGACGAGCGCUUUCACGGGGAUGGUGGUGGCGGAGUGGACGUCAACAGCAGGCAUCGCCCGUUGUUCGGCAGGGGAGGGUCUUCGGGCGUUUUUGGAGACAUCGACCCGGCGGUUCUGGCGGAACUUCCUCCGGACAUACAGAGGGAGAUCUGGAUGCAGCAGGGAGGUCAGGAAGGGGCCAGUGCGGGACAGCUUCAACUCCGCUUUUCUCCGGCAGGGAAGGCUACGGCGGGCGGCAGUUUCGCAGGUAGAGGCGGAGGAGGACGCGGGAGCAGAGGCGGGGCUCCCCAGCAGCGGCGCGGGAGGGGGUCGGCCGGUCGCCCCGGUGGUCUAGUUGGUAUCCUCGACACCUUCUAGAGGUCAGGUCAGGGGUUCGAAUCGCGGCAUAAGCGAGCUUUUCUUGCAAAGUGAGUUUUUCUCUCGCUUCUGCUCCUCCUGGCCUAUUGGAUAGCGCUAGUUCGUGUGUGUACAGAGGGAAGAGAGUGCCGAACUCUUCUCGCAUGAACAAUCGAAGGGGACGUAUCGCAGGAGGGGAGGGUAAAGAGGGGCUCUUCUGUGUGACCACGGGUUGGAGUAAACGGCACUAGUGCUGUGUGAGCGCUGAUUGAAGUGAAGACAAAAAAAAAGAAAAAACACAAGGCGUCGUAUGUUGGCGAGAACUGUUCCGAAAACUCGAAUUACAGCUGCUUCUGUCAUGCGUGCUGCGGACCGUCCAAUCGCGCCGGGAAUGCUCUCAGUCAACUGAAAAGCACACUCACCCAAGGGGUAAUGCUUCUGUUGCGAGGCCUUUUGUAGGCAGUACGGCAGUACGGAGGUGUUGUGGGUGCGGCGGAAUAUCGGCUGUUCAGACCGAUACUUGGUCGAAAGGUGGCCUUGCGCCGUAGGCUCGCGUGUUCCGCGCAGCUGAUGGGAUCUCGAAGACAUCUACUGCGGUCAAGGAGACCUUCGCAACGGCGUCGUUGUUGUCUGGUGUUGAUCGCCGUGCGGGUCCUUGUGCCAGUUCAUCCGUGUGGCAUGGUAAGACCCUUCGCCAGGUUGUCGCCCGCGGCUUCAGAAGGGUCAAUCUUUAGGUUCCCCCCCCCUGUUCA